UCAACCCCAACCCUUUCAAUCGUUCCCCCGCGCCUCCCUUCUCUCCGUUUAAUUUCUUGUACCUCUAAGAAGUGAAGGCAAAUCAAAGAUGCCGCCGAAGUUCGAUCCAUCUCAGGUGGUGGACGUAUUCGUCCGGGUGACAGGAGGUGAGGUCGGAGCUGCGAGUUCACUCGCUCCUAAAAUCGGUCCACUUGGUCUCUCCCCCAAGAAGAUCGGAGAAGACAUCGCAAAGGAAACCGCAAAAGAAUGGAAGGGCUUACGUGUCACCGUGAAACUGACCGUGCAGAACCGUCAGGCGAAGGUCGCCGUCGUCCCUUCCGCCGCCGCAUUGGUCAUCAAAGCGUUGAAGGAGCCUGAGAGGGACAGGAAAAAGACGAAAAACAUCAAACACAACGGCAACAUUACUCUCGAUGACGUGAUUGAAAUCGCUAAGAUUAUGAGGCCGAGGUCUAUGGCCAAGGAUCUUAGUGGAACCGUUAAGGAAAUUCUAGGCACGUGCGUUUCGGUUGGUUGUACGGUCGAUGGGAAAGACCCGAAGGAUCUGCAGCAGGAGAUUGCUGAUGGGGACGUGGAGAUUCCUCUUGAUUAAAUAAAGCUGAUAACUUGUGAGGGUUUUUCGUUCUAUAUUUUAGUUUUUGAGUUUAUUUUUCAGUAUCUGUGUUUUUGUUCUAUCAGUUUUGGAUUUUUAUAAGGAUUUUAAUGAUAUCUCCGACUUUCAAAUUUCCAGAGUUAGUGAGUGUUUAAUUGGAAUCAGGAGAUGUAAGCUUACAUUUAGUGGGUUUUUUGGAUAAUAUCUGAGACGUAAAUUUCGCCUAUAAGUUGAAUUUCACCAUUUCCUUAAGCAAA